GCUGUGAGAAUGCCAUCACUGGACCAUCCUGCAAACACCUCUUAAAAUAACAGUUCAGGUAAGACCAAGAGAGUGAUGAUAUCAUCGCAUAGAUAUUGUUGACAAGACUUUGUUCUUUCAGAUGCCCACAAACUAGGGGAGAAAUUGCUUGAAGACUAACAAGUUGAUUUCUAGUUACUCCAGUAGGUGUUAUUCGAACUGGAUCAGACUCCAGAUAUUGAGUUGAGGUGCAGCACAAGCAUAGACUUCCCUAAUCUGGGAUCAUUAGUGCCUGUCUUGCAGAGGGGUGUCACAUCUCACGCUUUACAAUAGAGAGAGAAAAACGUAGUGUUGUCUCUUACAGGAGGAACAGAAAUGUGUUGAGAGUUUUGAACUGGAGCAUUAUGAUCGAUGCCAAGAUUUGCGAGCCCUCCUGAAACGGAAAAACAGAUUCAUUUUAAUCCGUUCUCCAGGAUGCAAGGUGCAAGAUAUCAAAUUCCAGGCAUCGUCCCCAGAAGAAAAGGAAUUAUGGAUGAAAGCGCUCAAUGAUGGCAUCGGCCGAGGAAAGAAUAAGAUCUUUGAUGAGGUAAAAGUCGAUGAGAGCCUGUCUCUGGAUCACGUAACUCGAGGCAGAGCCAAGAUAGCCAAGGGCCGUCGUCCACCUACCAGAAACCAUUUGAAAGAGGUGGCUAGUUCAAUGUCAGAUGGGAUCCUGAGACUUGACUUAGAUGUAUCAGACGGUGGACCUCCAGACAGCAUCCUCGUGACCAGUGAAACUCCUGAAACUUCUCCUCCAAAGGAGACUCACAAACCUCCAAUGCCUCCUGUAAAAGUGCCCAUGCCUCCAACGGAGAACCUCAGUGCCAAUCUUACCCCAGAAGAUCCACAGGUCAAGAAGCUACCAAUGCCUCCAGCUAAGCCUCUCAAGGAAGUAGCAGCACCCGGUGAAAAUGUGAACUCUGUAGAAGGAAGCGACGCAGAAGAGGAGAAACGUGAAGACUCUGAAGAAGUCGAAGAUUUGGUGGACCCUGAACCUCCAGCACCUCCUCCAAAGAUUUUAUCCGACAAAAUGAAGGUGGGAUGGGAUCAUCCAAGCUCUGAGCUUCAUGACGCUGGAACAGAGACCACCUCUGGAUUAAACAAGGAAGCAGCCAAGCCACCGACUCCUCCUCCCAAAGUCUUUAGAAACAGCUUGAUCUCCAAGGAGAACGAAGCACAGGUAGACAUUUCCAAAGGGUAUGAGCAGCCUGACGGAGACUCAAACCUUGACAUCAAUGGCAUUGAUGACAACGGAACAACUCAACCCGCUUUCCAGAAUGGGAAGGAGCAGGACGACCGUUCCUCAGAGCCAGCCACAAAGAAAGAGGAAUUGAGACGGCCUUCCGAAGACCAGGUUGAUGUCACAGAGCCUGUGGGAGGUUCUCCGGCAACCAAGGCUCGCAGCUCCUCUCUAGGGACCUUGCUUUCAGAAUCGCCCAAAAGGGCUCCUCGGCCAGAUUUCCAGAAGUCGUCUAUCCUCCACGUGGUGCGGAUGGAGAAGAAAAUUGCGGAUGAAAAGGAACGAACUGAAAAGCUCCUGCAGAAGGUCCAGUGUGAAGAGCUGGAGCAAGCCCAGGAGGGCAAAGGACCCUCGGUCGAUGCAAAGGAGCUGCUCAACGAAGCCACCGAGCAACUCCGGCAGGCCUCCCAGGUCUUGCAAGAGGUCAAAGAUUUGGGGGAACUGAGAAGGGAGCCUAACAGUUUGCGCAAAGGAGUCGUGAAGGACCUCGUGACUGUUUACAGGAGAAGCGUCCCUUAAGAAGGAAUUGAAUUCUGAAUCGUGACUUAGACUAAAGGGUAGCCAUGCGGCACCAUUUCUACCCGGCUACUAGAUCAGUGUUUAAAAGACAGAUGGGUAGGGCAGCAGCCUGAGUCUUAUUAAGUGUUGCUUAUUUUCACACUGCCCCUUUCGUAAUCUCAGAAUGUGGGCAGAUCCUGCCGGGCGGGGUGUGUGCUAGAGAGGGAUCUGGUGAGAGGACCUCAGGGAAAGAUCUGUUUUGGGGAAGACAAGUGGUAACUGGAAGCCAUAGGGACUUCCUUCCAGGGGUGCCUACUGAAGCAUUUCAAAUGCGGAAGAGUUUGAGAAAGAGCUCUUGAAGCCUUUCCAACUUGGUGGAAAGCUCUUGCAAAUUCAGGGCAGGAGCUUUGUGGUUCAGGCAGGGCCCUUUUGAGCUAGCUAGGAGGACAUCGAGUUGGAGCAGGGAGGUUGGAUUUCCCGUGCAGGCUGGAAUAUUUUGGGUUAGAAAAGUUUUGCACAGUCCUGGUUCCUGUUCUUCUGCUUCUCUCUCUUUCUCUCCCUCUCUCUCUCUCUCUCUCCCUCCCUCCCU